GAUUACCUUCGCAACAAAUGACGUGCUCCAUGCGGUAUACGCUCGUGAUCUCGGCCAGAUAAUAAGAGCAUUGUUACGGUACCGUCGGUCACCAUGACAACACCGCACACUUAAAUAUCUGACGGUCAUUCUCUGGAAAUUCUGCGCGGUCUAAGAACAAAACGGCUGAUUACUGCACUUUCCGUCUUCGCUCUAAUUACUGUGAUUUACUGAAUUAUAAAGUCUCGUGCCCAUUAAGUUAACGCUGCCAGGCGUUUAGUGCCAAAGUCACUACCCCACACAAAUUCAAGGCGCGGUGCUUAGUAAGUGCCAGAGAUUAUCCAACUCUUUUAAGUUAUACUUCAUAUAUAAUACGCCGUGUCUCUGUACAAAAUCACACUCUCGACGCUGUGCAGUUGAUGCAGCAUAGUUAAAUAACUAACACUGCAAAGAAUACCUCACUAAACCUCCGCGGCCCAACUGUUUGCUCCUUUCAUAGAACGAAAGUUCACCACGCUUCACUGUACAUUAACACAAACUUACAACAUAACCCAAAAAACCGUUACUUUUAAUAAUUAAACAUCAACCGUCCCAUACUUUUAAUUUCGUUCAAUAUAAAGUGUCGAGAUAUGGCAUCGGGCCAACAGCAUCACUUUCUUUGGUGCAAGAUUAACCACUAUCUGUUGUGCACACAAAACACCAUAUGAAUAAAUACAGAUCAUGAUUGAUGAAUAUGGCUUGUCUUCUCGCUCGCAGCGCCGCGUCGUCUCACAGCCUGCAAAUCACAAGUGUUCUUGUAACAGACAGAACCCACUUACCUCGUGUGCAGCGUCCGUGGCAUUUUAGCACAUCCAUCGCAGUGUGUUACAAGUUCAAACACGGACACAGUUAAAACACUUAAUAAGUCGCACACAGCACACAACAAAAACUUCACAUGGCCCGUAGCACUAUCACAGAAAUGGCGCCGGAAGGAAGAAGGACUAGAAACAAAAGACUGUCGCACUGCGAGACUCGGGGGGUGCGUUCAUAAACUCUACAAUUAAAACUCGCGGUUAGAGCGCGACACGAAAUAGAAAACCUGAAAUAUGAAAUAGCGUUUCGUAACGAGGCAACAACGACGUAUCGAAAUGUGAAGAUAUUUAGGCCCACGGAUCGUGAUGAGGCCUAAAGUUAGCGAAGUAAUUUUAUUUUCAGUUCAUACAGGGCCGACGCUUGAAAUUCGUUUUGUGCUGUUAUUACGAUGGCGUGCGUUCUGAAAACAACGCUCUAAAUACUUUCUUUAUGCAUAAAUAAAACUAAAUACACUAAAAAUUCUGACUUGAAUGACAGUUUUAUAUCUGUUGGAUCUAACGCCUUAUCUGAUUGCAUAGACUAAAGGUAAAUAAUAAUAAUAAUAAUUUACAUUUAUUUAAAGUCAUUUCUAACCUGUCGAAUGAGAGGUUUAUUAUAACAGAAAGACAGCUGGGGAGCUGUUAGUAUUCCAUUGCAGCCUAUUUACCCAAAUUGGGAAGAUUAUGACCGGCGGUGGUUUGAAAGAUUAUUAUUAUUAUUAUUAUUCACGAAUGAGGCACUCGGUUGCCUGUACCGACCUCCCAUUGCCCAUCUAAACGUUCAUUUCGAGACACCCGUAGGUUUUAAUCUGAAAUUUAGCACCAAUGAAGAGUCAGCGUUGGGCUGGACACGUAGCAGGGGGGGGUUGAAUGUCUUGCGUGGGAGAGUUACAUUUAAAAACCUAUAUUAGGAAAGUCACUUGUGAUUAAUUUCAGCCCGUUCAUAAUUACCUCACUAAAGAUUUCUCAGGCACGCGUCAUAAUUCUGGGAACGUGUGUGAUUGGCCAAGACCCCGUCGAUGCAAUUUAUUCGUUCCCUCCCGCCCUGAGAAAAUAGUCCGGUCUCACGGCGUCCAAAAGGAAAAGCGACUUCCGUGUUGUUGCGGAAUCAGAAGGAUCAUCAACGUCGACACAAAAGCCCACUAUCAGACUGUUCGGACAGUGACGCCUCCACAGCUUAUACCCUGAUAACGGAGGCAGCAUGUACGUAGUGGCGGAUUAAGGAAUGAGAAGACGGGUGUUCUGACUGAACUUACCGCAGACGAUAAGCACCCUGAUGAUGGAGUCAGUGAGCACAUCUGUAGCGACGGUAAAAGUCUACACGGAGCAACAACCGUCCGUCUUCUUCUGUUUCAGUUACGUCAGCUGUUUCUCGCUCCACACACUCCCUAAAGAAAGACAACUCACUCACGUUGAGACAAGCGAAUGUCGGCUCACGGCCUACCCGUUUUGUUACGAGAGGCUGACGAAUGUCCUUCUGCGAACACUUCCAAAACACAUCGGUGCAGAAAGCAAGAUGGCGCUUAAUCAAACGAAUACAGCCCGGACUUCCGGUGGUCGGAAAACAAUGCUCAAACCGCUGUCGCCAUUAACAUGAUCUAGUUCUAGCAAGGACUGGAGGUCGAUUCCCGACGAUGGGCUUGCCAAGUACCCUGUCAAGGAAUGAGCCUCCCUACAUUUUCGAGGUUUUUCUCAGUCCCUCCAGGCAGUUUAAAAUAAGCCACGACGUGCAUUUCACAUGUCGCACCCGAUUCGUGAUCGUUCUAUCAGAUUGUUUGAGAUUCGGUAGUUGAUUGAGCGGUGUAACUCAACAUUCGACCUGUAUUUUGUGUGAUCUGAAAGAAAGUUUUACAAUCCCCCAAGUAUUAAGAAUGACUCUCUCUUUUGUUUAGGUUUUCAGGGCUGUGUUCCCUGAAUUUAACUUUUCUAUUGAAAGUUACAGCUUCAGAAUUAAGAAUUCGGUUGUUACGCGACGUACACCACUCUUCCUGAAAAACAAAAGAACGCGACCGACCGCACGGUAUUCAGCUGUUUUAUGAGGGGGCGUGAUGGCGUUGGAGAAAUCACGGAGGUCAAGGAACUAGGCGGCAGCACUCGACCAGUCACGAUAUAUCAACUGCUGACGUCAAUACGCAUUGACAGAUCUCGAUGUAAUUUGGAACGCUGAGGGGCACAGCGUCCAUUUUAAACGAGAUAGCGUGACAUCUGAGCUUUCAUCGAGGGCAGGGAGGACGUCUCAUCUCAAAAGCUUGUAGAAUCAUCCAUAAAUCUUUACAUGAACCACUUUUGCACUGAGAUGUUUAUGGUUGCUAUAGCGACACAAGUUACGAAAUUCUGACAAGCGUGACUUGUCCCCUUGUUGCUCUCAGGGACACGGCGACUUCUGGUGCGGAGGGGGGAGGGGGAGGUGGCCCAUAGGCGCUGUGUAGGCCCGCGGGUCAGAGGUCACAUUAAAAUACGGAAACCAAGGCCUUGCUAUUGCAAGCCAGCGAGCAGAAAUCCACCUGUUCAUGCGUUUUGAGUUCUUAUGAUUUCCAAACGUCGGUGUGUUGGCAGCACGUGGAUACAAAUAACUUUAUACCACCCCAAUAACUGUAAAAAAUAACCUCAAAUUCUGAUCGAUGAUGAUAAUAAUCUGUAUCGCAAACUGCGUACUGGUGACUGAAUUUUCCUCAGCGUAAUGAAUUAAUAUCAUCCUCAAGCCUUUCACAUGUACAGCAUUUGUGUGUACGUAGCAAUUUCAUUCUACCUGUUGCUAUGGACCUAACGCAUGCGCACAGGAAUCUAAGCUUAGAGUCUCACAGAUACGAGGGGCGUAGCUUUUACACAGUCAGCUUUGUGUAUCACCGCGUUCAUUCGCUUCAGUUCCAGGUCCCCGCGCCAUGAGGUGGUUCCGCAGACCCACAGGCGACUCGCCCCGUCUUCUCAGCCUGUCGCCCCUGCGGUGUGGGGGUGACACCUCUGACGUCACAGAGGGAAAUACAAUCUACCGACAACCCAGCGCCUGCGCAGAUCUCUCGCCUCAUCAACAACACCGCUCCAGAAUAGACCUGUCCCCUGUGAGAUGGCAGCGUCGCAGAAGCAGCAGCGGGCAGCAGGACGCCGCCGGCGAAGGCCGCCAGGCGUCUCCCAUCGCUUCUCGCGAGAAACGCAACCCCCUGCUCGACCGGGUGAAGAACACGCGGCUCUCGUGCUUCCGGUCCGACACGAAUGUCCUGACCGUGACGGAGCCGCAACGAGCCGCCGCCGCCGCGGCAGAGGAACGCCAAGGCCUCCUGAAACUGGCGGCCGAGGAGGGCCCUCGGUUCAGCGUGUCCCAGUCCAACGACAACGUCGUGUACUACGCCGACGAGGCGCACGCUCGCCAUUCCAUGUACGCCGAGAUGGGCGGUGAUACAUCGAAAAAUAAGAGCAGGCUCACUUCGACGUCGUGUCUUUCCGCGAAAAUUCGGGCGAUGUCGGAAAAGUACCUCAGGUCCUCGACCAACAGGUUCCUGGCGAAGCUAUACCGCACUUCGCCGGACGACGGUCGGCCCUCGAGGAAGGCCAGGUCCGGGUCCCAGCUCCGCAGCUUCUCCUACGGUGCGCUGCCCGGCCUGGAGGAGUUUCAACGCCGUCACAACCCGCUCUACCACGAGGACGAAGACGAGGACUGCGACAGCGGUAUAAUCGUCACCGACUCCGCCAAUUCGUCCAUGAUGGAGCGGGACAAGGCGGCGUCCCUUGACCGACGCGAGGUCUUCCGGCGCUUCGGGUGCGACCUCGAGCUGACCGACAAGCAGCGUCGGCGCCAGAGGCUAUACGUCGCGUCGCCUCCACCGCCCGUGCCGCCUCACAGUGAGGAACUGGCGCCGCAAAGCCCUGGAGGCGGCGGCGGGAGGGAGUUCAAAGUGGUCAGAUUACAACGGAGCGAGCCCGCGGAGGAGCUGGGAAUCUUUAUAGCCAAGACGCAGCUGUCAGAACAGGGCAGCGCGGGGUACCUGGUGGCCCACGUCGUCCCGGGCGGGUUGGCAGACAGGGAUGGCGCUCUGUGCGUCGGAGACGAGAUCAUCAACGUGAACGGUCGGCGCCUGCGCGGGCUGACAAUGGCGGGAGCGCGGGACGCCCUCGGCGGCGGACCACGCGAGGUAGACAUCGUGAUAGCCCGAACGAAGGGACAGGACGACUCCGCCCCGUCCCGACAGGCAGCGAGACGGAAAAGCACGAUGCCGGAGAGUUCGGUGGACUACGAGAACGUCCUCAUACUGCCCUCCACGGUCGACACGCCCGCAGAGGAGCAGAGAGACUACGAGGAUCUUGUGUUCAAGUGUCCCUCCCCCACGAACAAAGCGAUCAAGAAGAGGCAACACUUCCAGAAGAACGUUCAGCACAGCAAAGUGUUCCGGCGAACGAUAGCCAGCUACUCGGGCGGGUCAGGGCUCAGCGAGCAACCAGCAGACCCAGGAACAGGUGCGUAGGACAUGUUAUGACAC